AAUCAAAACGCAUCCUCAAAAGGUCGGCUGCAGAGCACGCAGGCGCCACAAUCAGUCGGGCCUCGCGGGAACAAGUAGUUGAGCGUCUCACGGCCGCUGUUGGCCCAACACGUAUGUAUCCGCACGCAGUACAUAUGUACUCCUACGUACCUUGGAUGCAGCCCGCAGACCUUGACGACAUGCACCUCCCGGAAACGGACUCAAUCUUCGCGUGCCGCUGUCGACCGGCGACAUUUAUUUUUCCCUCAGAUUCUGCUCACUGGAUGCCAUUGUACUGGGACCACGCAGAAAUUUCCUCAUCCACCGCCAUUCGCCGGCAACAGCUCGGUACACACAGAAAAAGCACUCGCCAAAUUGCAAACUCAGACGCGCUCAUUCUCCCCGUUCGACAGCCUUCAGCAAGGUUCCUUUCUCCGCUCCACAUUCGGGCGUACCAAUUGAUCCAUCCUCCCACGUCUGUUGACACAUGCAAUAUGGACCUCGAUUCACAUCAGCCAGGAAGCCGCAGUCCCGCUUCUAACUCGUUCGUGCGUGCCUUCUUUCCGUGUAUUUUACAACGCUGUUCUUUUCCGCGGUUCCCUCCCGACUAUCCUUAGGGUGAGUUAUUAAUCGGGAAUUAUGCUGCGGUUCUGGUCUGACUAUCAUUGCCAAAUCACGCGCUUGCCUCCUCUCUCUAUGUCUUUGUCUUUCGCGCUUCGGCCACCAGCUUAUGGUACUAGAAUCACGUUCCUGCGAGCUAAAGAGCCGAUCUUGCGAACGACGUCUACCAAGGAUUGAUAUUUGAGAUCCUCGGAUCCAUGGGAACCGUCGAAAUACCAUGCGGACUACUGCACAUAAUCUGUACCUUCGCCGCCAGAGGUGAACAGAACCAUUAGGGCAAAAAACGCAUCGCAGGAUGCAGAAACUAGACCAUGAAACGCCUGGGCACUGGUCUUCUCAACAGUCGAGACACAGCUCCGCUCGAUCAGAUGUGAGAUCUUCUACAAACCCAGCAAUAUUCGUCGAUUCCUUGAGCACAGGCUCAACUAAGCCUUGCAUCUUGACGUCCACGACUCAUUUUGGAAUAUCCGC